AUGGAAGAAAUAUUUGAAAAUAAUUGCGGCAGUAUUGGCUUACUUUGGGGAGGAGUUUUAGUAUGGUGGCUUGUAAAUGGAUUUUAUAUAAAGAAAAAGAAAAGGGAUUUAUUGCAAACUGUUUUCGUUGUAGGAUAUUUAGGAAAAUUUUUGAAUUGGCUUUUUCUGAUAGGUAUAAGAGAAUUUUACGAUGAUAAAUCUAAUCUCUGUCUUUAUCUAUUGAUGGGGUUUAAAUUUUCGUACAUAUUUGGAAACACAAUUUUGUUUAUUUCUUUAUUAAUAGCUAGUAAAGGUUUUUGGAUUGCAAAGCAGAUUUUUGAUAAAGAAGACAUUAUUUUAGUAUCAUUUUUAUCAAGCAUCACUUAUAUUGGAUUUUUGCUGAAUUUUGAUUAUAAAUUCAGAUUAAAUACUCUUGUGGCUGUUUUGGUGGCAAUUCAUUUUCUUUUUAAUGUAUAUUGCUCACUUGGGAGUCUUAAUGCUUUGAAAAUGGAAUUUGAGGGCUCACAAGAAUUUGCCAUAAACAGAAAACCCUCAAUUUGUUCUUUUCGAAGAUAUAUUAAAAUAUCCCAAUUGUUUCUAAUUGGGAAAAUAGCGAUUCUUUAUUUAAAAGAGAACAGUAAUCUUGGAUUCUAUAAUGGCUUCGAUGAUUUAUUCGAAGUUUUUGGAUUUUUUUCAAUUUAUUAUUUAACCCAAGAUGAGAAAAGAACUACAAAUAAAAUUAAUCAGGUCAAUCAUUCAAGAUUUAUCCCAUUUUAUGAAGCAACAUUAAAUAAAAAAUGUGAAGUUUUUGUUUUAUUAAAUAAAAGAUUCCCAGAAGACACUCCAAAGUUAUGUAUAAUAGAAGACACUUGCGAGCCCAUCUCAUAA